AUGGACAUUGUCAUCUCCGCAGUAGCAAGCGAGCUAGUGAGCCGGUUCAUCUCCUUCGUUUCCAAGCAGUACAGCAGCAGCACAUGUCUGAAGCAAAACCUAGAAGAGCUGCAGCGUCUCCUCCUCAGAGCUCACACCAUCGUCGAGGAGGCCGACGGACGGUACGUGUCCAACUCAGGGAUGCUGGCGCAGCUGAGGACUCUGACGGAGGCCAUGUUUCGAGGGUACGACGUGCUGGACACCUGCACGCCGCUGGAGAAGCUCGGAGACGAAGCAGAGGAGGAGGUAGAGAGCGCAGUUAGAAACUUAGAAACCACUGUUGCUAGCAUGGCUGAAUUCGUCGUGCUCUUAACGGGAUGCGAACGACGCAUGUCUCGCAGCCCCUACAGUAGCUAUCUCUACAUCGACAACUUCAUGUUUGGUCGCCAAGUUGAGAAGCAGCAAGUGAUCAGCAUCUUGACGACCAAAGAUGAUGAUGAUGACCCGUCUAGGUCUACUAGGGCUGCAAUAACCGUGCUGCCUAUCAUUGGAGGCUGCAGGGUCGGCAAGAAGACUUUGGUUGGGAACAUCUGCAGCGACGACAGAAUCCGUUCCUGCUACCCUUGCAUUCUCCAUUUCAGCGGAGACGAGAUUCAGAAAAUCGACGAAGAAAAAUUCUCGAUCUGCAGGCAAGUGAGGACUCUGGUCACCGUCGAGUUUGCCUCGGACGUGGCUGACGAGGAAUGGCUCAAGUUUCAGUCGUUGCUGGUGGCAUCGACAGGCAGAGGAAGCAAGGUGAUCAUCAUAAGCAGGCUGGAGAAACUGGCGCGGUUUGGGACGGUGAGCCCGGUGCGGAUCGGCAGCCUGUCGCGCGAGGAGUACAGGUACCUGUUCAAGGUGCUCGCGUUCGGCAGCGCCGACCCGGCGGACCACCCACGGCUAGCCUUGCUAGGGAGGGAGCUGGCGACGGUGUUCCGGGGCUCGCUCGUCAUGCUCAACGUGUACGCCUCCGUGCUCAGGAGCAGCCUCAGCGUGCGUCUCUGGACGCGUGUCCUGGACCUGUUCAGAGCCAUGGCACGCAGGAAUCUGGCCGUCUUCGGUGAGCAUCCCACGACUCUUCUCGAGAGAGACGGCAGCGCGGUCGACAUCACCGGGUUCUCGCUGUCUGGUGCGUCGUUCCGGCUUGUGCUGGUGACGACGGCUGCGAAGGGUGGUGCUUGCGCUUCGGACGACGGCGCAGUGUUGCCGACGAUGUCGUUUGGGGAUAUAAUAGCAGGCGCUGAGAUCCUGCCUGAUCGAUUUCGGUUGGUUUGGGAGUCCAGGCUGCCGCCUUAUACUGUCAUCUGUGCAAAUUGUGCUGCAGAGAAGCCUCAUCAUCAGCACCCGGUGUCAGUGUCACCGAGAAGGAACAAGCGUCAGAAGUUGUGUAUGUAA